AUGGGUUCUUCUCCUUCAAAAACAGCUUCUUCACCGACAAUGAAUUCACCUUCUCCGGCGAUCAACAGAGCUUUCUCUUUCCCGACGCCGUCCGUUCACCAUCCUCCGGCUAGAAAAGGCGACACUCAUCACCUCGUCUCCCUCACUUCCACCUCAUACGGUUCUCUCCUCCUCAUCGACGCAUCCCAAAACUCCUCCGACCAACAACAGACGCUUCCCCGUGUCUCAAUCUCCGGGAAGAACACGCCGGAUCUGAUCUCAGGCGACUCGCUCUCUCCUGACUCGGUUAUCAACACGUGGGAGCUUAUGGACGGCUUGGACGAUGACGAGUUCGAGUUCGAAAUCCCUAAACUUGGUAAUAAGCCUAUCUCCAGUUUAGAUUCGGAUCUUUGUCCUAAACCCGACACGGAUCUGAAUGUGUCGGGUUUGAAACUAGACGGAUCUUACGAACUCGUGAGAGUUGAACAGGAAGAAGAAGAAGGUUGGGUUCCGUUGACUUAUAAACCAAAGCAACCUCUUUGGAAGCAUUUGUCUGAAGAAUCUUUUUUGUCUGGUUUGGAUCCUAGCAUUGUCUCUUCUUACAAGAAAUGUUUGUCUCCUAAUCAGACUAUCAAUGUUCCAACAUCUGGUUGCUCUAGUCCAAUGAGGACACAGGCCAAAGCAGAAGACAAGAUUGUACUCUACUUCACAACCCUCAGAGGGAUUAGAAAGACCUACGAGGAUUGUUGUUGCGUUAGAACGAUAUUGAGAGGGUUUCAAGUCACUGUAGACGAGCGUGACAUCUCCAUGGAUUCGAAAUACAGAAAAGAGCUGCAAAGCUUGCUCGGAGAUGUGAAAAAACCGGUUUGUUUGCCUCAGGUGUUCGUCGGGGAUACCCACAUUGGUGGUGUCGAGGAGGUUAUGAAGCUAAACGAUAGCGGCGAAUUAGCUGAGAUGUUGAAAGGUUUCACUGCUUGUGAAUACUUGGGGACAUGUCGGAGCUGUGGUGAUGCAAGGUUCGUGCCUUGUACUAACUGUGAUGGUAGUACCAAAGUGUUUGAGGAGGAAGACGAAAUGUUCAAGCGGUGCUUGAAGUGCAAUGAGAAUGGAUUGGUGCGUUGUGGUGAGUGCUGUCUCUAA